CGGUUUAAACCAGCAUCUGCAAUAUGGAAUGAGAAAUGGAAAAAUCAUUUUUUUCCUGAUAUUGGAAUGGUUCUAGGAAUGCAUUUAUUUACCAAAAGAGAACAAAGGUAAAGCGAGACUUCAAAAGACCCCGCCUACACGAGGAACGGGCGCUGGGCUGGUCUCAGCAUGCCUAUUGCAUUCGGUUUAGAUCAAUGCAUGAGCUGGUGGUUAUCGUUUAUUCAAUAGCCAGUUUAUUCCUUGUUACUGGGCCCAUUUCUCAUGGUGAGGCCCAUAGGUUUCUCGGCAAUGUUUUAUGUAGACGUAGACAGAAUGUUUCUAUGCAGUUUAUCUGCCAAUGUGACAUAGAAACAUGGAAAAUAGGUGCAGGAGUAGGCCAUUCGGCCCUUCAAGCCUGCACCGCCAUUCAAUAUGAUCAUGGCUGAUCAUCCAACUCAAUAUUCCUGUACCUGCCUUCUCUCCAUACCCCCUGAUUCCUUUAGCCACAAGGGCCACAUCUAACUCCCUCUUAAAUAUAGCCCAUGAUCUGGCCUCAACUACAUUCUGUGGCAGAGAAUUCCAGAUAAUGUUUUUCUCAUCUCGGUCCUAAAAGAUUUCCCCCUUAUCCUUAAACUGUGACUAUUGUUCUGGACUUCCCCAACAUCGGGAACAAUCUUCCUGCAUCUAGCCUGUCCGGCCCCUUAAGAAUUUUGUAAGUUUCUAUAUGAUCCCCUCUCAAUCUUCUAAAUUCUAGCGAGUACAAGCCGAGUCUAUCCAGACUUUCUUCAUAUGAAAGUCCUGAUAUCCCAGGAAUCAGUCUGGUGAACCUUCUCUGUACUCCCUCUAUGGCAAGAAUGUCUUUCCUCAGAUUAGGACAUGUGAUAUGUGGACAAUUGAUGCAGAAAAUAAUCCUUAAAACUAAUAGCUGACCAGGUAAAUGUUGAGAUGUUAUGGAAUAUUUUGUCUUCACAUUAAUGGUUUAAGCCAACAUGUUUUGUAUUAUAGAUGAAAUUUGGUCUCUGAGAUUGAGCAAUGGGGGCAGCCGCUGCGACGGCCGUGUGGAGGUUUACGACAAUGGUAGAUGGGGGAGAGUGCAGGAUAGCGCCUGGAACAUCAAUGAUUCCAACGUGGUCUGCAGAGAGUUGGGCUGCGGCUCCGCCAUAUUCGCCUACAACUCCUCAAGGUACGGAGAGAGUGAGCUGCCCGUGUGGGUGAACCACGUUCAUUGUGAAGGAAACGAGUCGCAGCUCCGAAAUUGCAGCACAUUUACACUGAAUCAGACAUCCAGCGACAGCAUCGGUGUUGGAGUCCUGUGCUCAGACCAUCUCCAAUUACGGCUGUCUGGGGGUGGAAGUACAUGUGCUGGACGAGUGGAGAUUUAUUACAAUGGGUCUUGGGGCACAGUUUGUGAUGACUCCUGGGAUCUAGAUGACGCUAACGUGGUCUGCGGGCAGCUAGGUUGCGGAUAUGCUGUGGAAGAUAAAAUUCCGGGAUUCUGUGGACGAAGUAAAGGCCAAAUUUGGUUGGAUGAAGUAAGAUGCUCGGGUAACGAAUCAUACCUCUGGAACUGUCCCUCCGCACCGUGGGGUCGGCACGAUUGCAGUCAUAAGGAAGAUGUGACAGUGAAGUGUUCUGAACACAAAGAGAUGCGCCUGGUGAACGGAGGCCGGCGGUGUGAAGGGAGAGUGGAAGUGUGGUACAACGGGACAUGGGGAACAGUGUGCUCCGAGAAGCUCUAUAGAGAGGAGGCGGAAGUGAUCUGUAAACAAUUAGAAUGUGGACCCCUCGCAUAUAUUGAAUAUCGCGCCUGGAUAUAUGGACAAGGUUCUGGGCCCAUAUGGAUCGAUGAGAUGAAAUGUAGCUCGCACGAGUCAGCCCUUUGGCAGUGCCAGUUUGACCCGUGGGGGAAACACAACUGUGACCACAGGGAGGAUGCAGGCGUUUCAUGUAAAGAUCUACAACUGCGGGUUGAUGGCGGCAGCAACAAUUGCUCAGGAAGGGUUGAAAUAUUAUUCAACAACAGCUGGGGAACGGUGUGUGAUGACUCCUGGGGUCUCGCCGAUGCCAAUGUCGUCUGCAGACAGUUGGGCUGUGGCUCUGCUCUUUGGACUCCAGGAGCGGCGACCAUUGCCCCGGCCUCAGGUGAUAUCUGGCUGGAUGAAGUGAAAUGCACGGGAAGGGAAUCAUUCCUGUCCCGUUGUCCGUCUUCACCGCUCGGUCAACAUGACUGUGAUCACAAGGAAGAUGUCUUUGUCACCUGUUCUGAGUUGAGAAAGAAGCCGCCCUCCACGGCUGUUGUGGUUUGCACAACUCUGGGAAUCCUACUCAUCGCUGAAUUUGUCGCACUGGUGAUAAUAGCUCGGAGGCAAUCAGCAAGAAGAGAUGCAGAGUUGAGAGCCAGAGGAUUUGGCUUUUACGAAGCAAUUUAUGAAGAGAUUGACGAUACUCUUCCUGGAAACAAGUUCAGUCAGAUGGAUGAUUCAAUCUCUGGAUCCAUUGAUUCCAUGAAUCAAAUAGAAUAUUACACCAGUGACCCUUUGGGUUGUGCUCAUUCAACAAGCGAACUCCCUGAAGGAACCUCCUCCAGUGUUCGAGAUCUAGUUCCGGAUGACCAUGACGAUCCUGAGAGUAAAGCCAUUGAUUGUCCGGGCGGUCAGUUCUCGACGGACGGUGGCGCCGAUGACCUUCUGAUGCUAACAGUUGCCGGCGGUGACGUGGACAUUGGUGGUGAAUCUAGCAUGAUACCUUGUUUCCAAAGCCUGGCUUGAAAUGAUGGAUGUCGCUCGGCAUUUCAUCAGACAGCACGUGUCUUUCACCCUUCCUGCAAGAUCGACAAGCAGAUCUUCACAGCAUUGAUAUCACUCGCCAACUUAUCACAAGCAGAAUCUUUGACUUCAUUUCAAACCACUUGGUUUGAAUUUUUGCCCUAAACCUUGGAAGAAAACAUGUUCUCUGCUCUCUGGACAGGCGUAGAAAAACAUAUUUAAUCAUCAUUCUUCUUCUGGAAGAAAUAUCUUUUUUUUCCUAAUCAAUAAACGCGUGUUAAUUUGAAUUUGUAAGCGUUUUUAUACAUUCCAUGUAAAUGCUUAAGAUUGUGCAGGUUAAAAUGAAUGUUACUUUGUUCUUAUCAUGCUUUACCUUGCUUUGGUGUCGUAAUGAACUGUUUCAAUCUCGCUCAAUGUAAGAAUUGAACAAGCAUAAUAAAUACUUCAGGUGGAAUUC